AUGGCUACCCAAGUUCUGACCAAGUCCAUCAAAGCUGAGCUGUUCCCUAACGGCGGUUGGGAUACCCACCAUCAUAUUUUCGAGCUCCAGUCCUUCAAGACGUUCCGUCAGAAGCUGGGCAUCACCAACUCCGUGCUUACCCAUGGUCUAUCGUAUGGCGAUGACUGCACUUCUCUUAAGACUUUCGUCACCGAGCUGGGAAAGUCUAGUACAUCAGGCAUCGGCGUUAUCGAUCCCGAAAAUACUACCGACGAUGAGAUACGAGAUAUGCAGGCUGCAGGUAUCUGUGGUCUCCGUGUGAAUCUCUAUCACUAUAACGCAAUGGAAGAUGUCGAGCUUCAGAAGAAGACUCUCCGUGCAUACCUUGAACGGGUGACUCGUCUAUCCCUUCCUUGGAGUCUCACAAUGACAACUAUCCGCACGGACUUCUGGGAUGCCCUGGAACCGUUUGUUCGAGAAGAGGUGGCUGCAACAGGCCGGCCCCUCAUCACAGAUCAUUUUGGGCUGCUGAAGGCACCCAGUAUGCUUCCAGCUCAGUACCGACAAAACCCAACUCAACAGCCAGGAUUUGUACCCAUCUUACGGCUCGUCAAAGAUGGUCUUCUCUGCGUUAAGCUUAGCGCUCCAUACCGCGUCAGUGAGCAGAGCCCAAGAUAUAGCGAUCUGAAGUUCCUUGUGCGAGCUCUUGUAGAUACGAACCCGCGUCAGGUCAUUUGGGGUAGUGACUGGCCGCAUACACCAAGGAUGAAGGUACGAAGUCAUGAAGAAGCUAUGAAGGAGACGCCAUUUCUGGAGGUCGAUGAUGAGGCAUGGCUGUGGAGUUUGAGGGACUGGCUGUCAGAUCAGGAAUGGCACAUGCUGAUGGUUGAUAACCCAAGGAGAUUAUUUGGCUAG